AUGCUCGCUCAACUUACUCUUGACCGCGAUGACGAUUCCCCUGCUGCUACCUCUUAUUUUGCUCAGAUUCCCUCGAUUGCUAGCUUCGAAUUCUCGCGGGGCGCCCCGUUUCUCCUGACUGCUGCAACACGUGUCCUCGUGGACUCAAAUUAUGCCAAUACUGGGUCUCCUUCUCUUCUCGAUUUUGCUACAAUUUUCCGGCAAGAUCUACUAGAAGUUACUGGAUUUGAUUACCUACCACAGGUGUCGCUUGCGUCCGAUGGCGGUCUUAGCGGUAUCAUCUACCUGACGCUCGGUGCUUCCGACUAUUCGCUUUAUAAUGGCCAGGCAACAGAUGAAGGAUACGAAUUUGAUGUCAGCCAUCAAACGAUCACCAUUAAAGGUAGCGGGGCUCGAGGUGCAUGGUGGGGCACACGAACUCUGUUGCAGCAGGCGAUCGUCAGUGACAAGAUGUCAGGCUUCAUGACCGUGCCUUCUGGUUCAGGGUGGGAUGCUCCUGGCUGGGAAGUGCGGGGUUUCAUGCUGGAUGCUGGUCGUCAUUGGUUCGAAACAUCUUUUCUGACCGAUCUCUGCACAUACGCCUCUUUCUUCAAAUUGAACGAGUUCCACAUUCACGCAUCCGACAAUCUAUGGGACCCGAACUGGCUCUACACCGAUCUUUGGCCAGAGCUGUACUCAGGCUUCCGGUUUCGACCCGCCAACGAUUCUGCAAACUACGGCGUCGUGCCUCAGUUGAACGAAAGUUGGUCCCAGUCCGAUUUCCAGGCGAUGCAAAGCAGUUGCGCUGCACACGGGAUCACCAUUGUUCCAGAGAUCGAUACGCCAGGGCACUCGCUUGCCAUCAGCCAGUGGAAGCCGGAGCUCAUGCUUGCGGGAAAUCCUGAUCAGCUGAAUUUAUCCUAUCCUGCGACGAUCCCGACGAUCCAAGACUUGUGGGAGGAGUUCCUGCCCUGGUUCACUUCUACCGAAAUCUCGAUCGGGGCUGACGAGUACCCUUCCCAGUAUGCGGACGAAUACAUCUAUUUCGUGAACGACAUGGCCGACUACGUCUACGCUCGAUCAAGGAAAAGUAUCCGCGUUUGGGGCACGUACGAACCGAGCAACACUUCCUCCAUCUCUAAGAACGUGACGAUCCAGCACUGGGAUUUCCCGGGGGAUACGAUCCCCGUCCAGCUCCUGGCCGACGGGUACAAAGUGAUCAACAGCGAGCAAGUGUUCCUCUAUCUAGACGGGAAGACCUCCGACGGCAACCAGUUCCCUCUCUCACUGAACGAGUCCCUUUUCUGGACCGGCGCACCAGGCGAAGUAGGCUGGGCACCAAACGUCUUCUCCGCCACAGACGAGUCGAACAACACAUACCCCGGCGACCCCGGGCUCCGAGGGGCCAUCUUCGCACUCUGGGAAGACUGGGGGAACAACGCUACCGAUCCUUUGGAAGUCUACCUCCAGCUGAGCAAGAGCAUCACUCUUUUUGGGGAGAAAAGCUGGGCUGGAUCGGGGGUGCGAAGCACGCAGCUCACGCAAGAGCAGUUCGAUUCCGUUUAUCCGGCACUGAAUGCCCGCGCCCCGGGCCAGAACCUGAACCGUGCUGUGAAGCCCCUUGGCCCCCAAGGGGAAGUCUUCUCCCUCAACUUUGGGGGACACGACUUCAGCCAAGGGCCAGUGGGUACAGGUGUGCAGAGUGUAGGCCCGCCGUACGUUCUGAGCGUCACGCUCACUCCCCUCUCAGGGGAAGGCACGCUCUUCCGAGGAGAGGACACGGCGCUCCUCUUACAGAACCUGACGUUUGUUGAUGUCCCCACCAACACCUAUUUCUCACUUCCGCUCAGCCUACCCCUGGGCGUACAGAGCACGCUUGAAAUCCACGCUACCUGUGAAUAUACCUACCUUCUCCUCCAGGGGCAGGGGCGGGAAGUAUACUGGACGACGCGGAUGGAUAUUUGGGGGGAGAGGAUGCAACUGGGGAACAUGAGCUUCCCUGCGCCUUCGGCAUGGAUAGGAGAAGGGUUCGAGGGGGAGAUUGGGGAGGUGGUCUUGCGUUUAGGCUAG